CGAACACACCUUUCGUUUUGAGUAACUUCUCGUCUUGUGACCGGAAGCUUUGAUUAUAAAACAAAAACAAAUAAUUAUCUAUUUAAUCGCCACAUAAAAAUGAAAACAUGCGAAUUGCCGAGUUGAAUUUUAACUAAAGUGAAAGUGAAACUCUUUCCUCAGAAAUGAAACCACUUUCUGUUUUGACAGUGAACGCGACAGACUCAAAACACAACCUCCCGAAACAGGAAUAUGGCUCAGACUGAUAUUGAUGAGGGUUUAUAUUCUCGACAACUGUAUGUCAUUGGCCAUGAUGCGAUGCGUCGCAUGGGACAGGCGGAUGUACUCAUCGCUGGGAUGCGAGGUCUGGGCAUUGAGAUUGCCAAGAACGUCAUUCUGGCCGGUGUCCGGUCAGUUACCAUCCAAGAUGAGGAUGUGGUGGAGUGGAGAGAUUUGUCUUCCCAGUUUUACCUGAAGGAAACUGAUCUGGGCCAAAACAGAGCCAUGUGUUCAGAAAAACAGCUGUCCAGUCUGAAUGUCUACGUCCGAGUGUCUGCUUACACUGACAAACUCACUGAGGACUUUCUCAAACAGUUUCAAGUGGUUGUGCUCACAAAUUCCUCCAUGGACGAGCAGUUACGCUUGGGAAAGUUUUGCAACUUGAACAAAAUAAAGUUUAUUGUGGCUGACACCAGAGGUCUUUGUGGGCAGUUAUUCUGUGAUUUUGGAGAUUCUUUCGAGGUUAGAGAUACAGAUGGAGACGCUCCAGUCUCGGCUAUGAUUUCACAUAUUAGCAAGGGAAAUCCGGGCAUUGUGAGCUUUACAGACGAGGAAAGCCACGAGUUUACUGAUGGCAUGUUUGUGACUUUUUCUGGGAUCCAAGGGAUGACAGAACUUAACGGCUGUGCCCCUAUUGAGAUCAAAGUUAGAGACAAGUACUCCAUCACUAUCUGUGACACUUCAGGCUUUUCUGACUAUGAGAAGAGCGGAGUGGCGACUGAGGUCAAACAGCCAAAGAUCUUCAACUUUAAACCUUUGGACGUGGCUUUGAAUGAAGUUCUUAGAGAUCCUGAGGUCCUGGAGAUGACAGACCAUGGCAAAAGAGAAAGACAUUUAUCUCUCCACCUGGCUUUUCAAGCCCUGCAUAUUUUCUUUAAGAAUAACAGCCGAAUACCGAGUCCUAGAUCUCAGGCCGACGCCGAACAGGUGGUCAAAAUAACAAAAGAGCUCUGCGUGACCACAGGGUUCAACGAACUUGAUGAAGAUGUUGUGCGUAAAUUAUCUCUGAGUGCCAGCGGUGACCUGGCGCCUCUCAAUGCUUUUAUUGGGGGUCUGGCAGCUCAAGAGGUGGUAAAGGCUUGCAGUGGUAAAUUCACUCCUCUCAGACAGUGGCUAUACUUCGAUGCCCUUGAAUGUUUGCCUGAAGAUGAGGAAGUUCUGACUGAAGAAGCCUGUGCUCCUAGAGACUGUAGAUACGAUGGACAGAUCGCUGUGUUCGGAUCUGCUUUUCAAGACAAACUAAAGAGACAGAAGUAUUUUUUGGUUGGAGCUGGAGCUAUUGGCUGUGAGCUGCUGAAAAACUUCGCUCUGAUUGGUCUGGGUGCAGGAGAGGGCGGGAACAUCACGGUUACAGACAUGGACUCCAUUGAGCGAUCAAAUUUGAAUCGACAAUUUUUGUUUCGCUCUCAGGACAUUGGGAGGCUGAAGUCCGAGGCAGCAGCUGAAUCAGUUAGAAGUAUGAAUCCCUACAUGAAUAUCAUUGCCCAUCAAAACCGUGUGGCUCCAGAAACAGAGCAGGUGUACACAUAUUCAUUUUAUGGUCAGCUCGACGGAGUGGCAGCCGCCCUGGACAAUGUGGAUGCCAGAGUCUAUCUUGACAAAUGUUGUGUGAGGAGUAAAAAGCCCAUGCUGGAGGGAGGAACUCUGGGUAGUAAAGGCCACACGCUGGUAGUAGUACCACAUCUGACCGAGUCAUAUGGACCCUCAUCUGGAGGACAGAAAGCCAUUCCACUGUGCACUCUCAAAAACUUCCCACACCGUAUAGAGCACACCUUACAGUGGGGCAGAGAUCAGUUUGAAGGCCUCUUUAAGCACACAGCAGAGAAUGUAAACCAGUUUCUCAGUGACCCAGCGUUUGUGGAUCGCACUGUCGCCCGUGGAGAUGUAGAGGCUGUAGAAGUGUUGGAAGGAGUCUAUAGGAGUCUGACCCAGGAACAGCCACAAAAUUGGACUGACUGUGUCGGCUGGGCUCGCAGACAGUGGGAAACACUUUACAACAAUGAUAUUAGACAGCUGCUGCACUGCUUUCCCCCUGAUCAGGUAACCACCUCUGGACUCCCAUUCUGGAUGGGUGCAAAAAGAUGUCCACAUCCUUUGACCUUUGACACCAACAAUGUCACCCAUAUGGACUUUAUUGUGGCAGGGGCCAAUUUAUAUGGGAAUAUCUACGGGAUUAAAGGCUCAAGAAAUCGUGCGGAAAUUCAGAGCAUUUUGCAUGGAGUAAAAGUGCCUGAAUUCGUUCCUAAAUCCAGCCUGAAGAUCGCCGUGACCGAUGAGGAGCUUAAAGAGAGUUACGAAGAGAAAAAAGAUGAGGACAUGGUCAAGCUAAAGAUGUUACAGGAGAAACUGUCAAAACUCCGGCUGAGCGUCCGGAACGUCCGGAUGCAUCCGCAGGAGUUCGAGAAGGAUGAUGACAACAAUUUCCACAUGGACUAUAUAGUUGCUGCAUCCAACCUGAGAGCAGAAAAUUAUGAUAUACCAACAGCUGACCGCCACAAAAGCAAGUUAAUUGCUGGCCGUAUCAUUCCAGCCAUCGCCACAACAACAGCUGUUAUCGCCGGACUGAUGUGUUUGGAGCUGUAUAAGCUUGUCCAGGGUCACCAGGAAAUCAGAUUUUACCGCAAUGCAUAUGUCAACCUGGCCACUCAAUAUUUUGUCCUCUCACAACCUUGUCAAUCUCCAAAAUUUACAGUCGCAGGGAAACGCUACUCGAUCUGGGACGACUUCCUGCUGCAGGGUCGACUCGGGGGUCCGGAGGAAAUGACCUUGGAGGAACUGUUGAAACACAUUAAGGAAAAGCAUAACUUGACGGUCACUGGUUUAUACUAUGGUCCUGCUGUGUUGUACAGUGACCUAUCGAAUCACAAGGAUCGCCUUAAUCUAAGCAUAUCUGAAUUGGUACGGUCCGUAACCAAGGAGAUUCCGGAUCAUCAGGAAAUGUUGGAGAUUGUUCCGUCAUUUGCUGAAGAUGAGGACUGUGUUGAUGUCCCGCCCAUCAGGUACCUCAUCAGAUGAUGUCAAUCCUACAUUAGGGAACGUCACCAAAUGACCAAUUAAUGUCUGUCUGUUAUCUGUGACUAAUGUUUAUUUUAUAAUGAUAUUUAAUAAUUAUAUACAAAUGUGAAUGCAAAUGUUGUUAUAAAACAGGGAUUAAAAUAAUAAAUGUAUUGAGGUUGAGUCUUAUUGGAUCAAAAGAUGGAUUAUGUGCCCACUUUUAAGAACAUUUGGACAAUUUUAUUUGAAAACAAGAUUAAUAUGCUGUUUUGCAGGAACACUGUUUAACCUAAACUUCACUACGAUUUAUUUUGUUAUUCUAUAGACAGCAUGCAAGUUUUGUUCUUUGGUGAAUUAUUUUAAAACACAUUUGUAUUUUCUGCAACAUUACCCCUUUGAUUUUGUUGUUCCUGCCCCCAUCACUUUGUUAUGCACCCAUAGCCCCCACUCCUCACCAAACUAUUAUCAUGUAUGAAAUCAAUGAAAGACAGAGCUAGAAACAGCUCAGUUGGGUUCAGUUUGAUCUUAUCUUGAUUCAUUGAAUCACCAGGACACCUUUGAGUGUCACACCUAAUCACAUUACAUUAUAUUCACAUUCUUUCUGUUCAAUUCUGUGCACAAUUGUUAGUCGAGGAUUUUAUCUGUUUAAAUCUCAUAUCAUUGUUACAGCAUCAGUAAAGACCAAUUAUGAGAAAA